GGGAUCAAGAUUACUGUAACAGCGGCUUCUUUCGUUUUAGCACUAUUCGUUUCGCCAAAUUUAUGAACUUCGCAAAAUUGAUGACGUAUUUCACAUCAAGGACCACGAUGUAUUGCAUGGAGUAAGGGAAAUCGAAGACAUUUCACAAUAGUUUUGGUUAUAAAUACAGGGAGACCCGUAAAACAGCACAUCUGUAAUGGCUGUGCGCGCUCAGUUUGAAGGAAAUAAUGAAGUAGGCGUGUUUUCCAAGCUGACAAAUGCCUACUGCCUAGUUGCCAUAGGGGGAUCGGAAAACUUUUAUAGUGUGUUUGAAGGGGAAUUGUCAGAAGCCAUACCUGUGGUUCAUUGCAGUUUAGCAGGAUGUCGAAUUAUUGGGCGGAUGUGUGUCGGUAACAAAAAUGGAUUACUGGUGCCCAGCACAACAACCGAUCAGGAGCUACAACACAUUCGUAAUUCUUUACCAGACAGUGUCAAAAUUCAACGUGUGGAAGAGCGCUUGUCUGCUCUUGGAAACGUGGUCACCUGCAAUGAUUACGUAGCCCUAGUUCACCCGGAUCUGGACAGAGAAACGGAGGAGAUCGUGACGGAUGUCCUUGGUGUGGAGGUUUUCCGUCAGACAGUGGCAGAUAAUGUACUAGUCGGUACAUAUAGUACCAUUAGUAAUCAGGGAGGACUGGUUCAUCCCAAAACAUCCAUAGAAGACCUAGAGGAGUUAUCUUCCCUUCUACAAGUACCUCUUGUUGCAGGCACAGUGAAUCGUGGAAGCGAUGUGAUUGGAGCCGGCAUGGUAGUCAAUGACUGGAUUUCUUUCUGUGGACUGGACACAACCAGCACAGAGCUGUCUGUAAUCGAGAGUGUAUUCAAACUAGGGGACAGGACCCCAAGUGCCAUCUCCACUGAGAUGAGGGAGAGCUUAAUAGAAAGCAUUGCUUAACUGCCAUACCACGAACAUCUUGAAGGACAUGAAUUCUACAGUCGGGUGUCCUGGUCUCAUUUCACGUUUCUGGGUUGUUCCUGUACUGAUCGUGUUGUCAUGUGUAUCAUUUAAAGACAGAUGGAAGACUUUCAGACAGAUUGUAUAUACACAGAUCUGAUCAAUCCUUGUCAUGUCAGUAGAUAGUGUAACUAGGAGGUCAUCAAAAUAUCACAUUUAUUUUACAGAUCAAUCAAUUUUGUAUUACUUAAAUGUGAAAUGAAUAUCGUUCUAAUAAAUGUACAUAUUAAA